UUUUUUGGUGUAAGCAUGGUAGUUCCUUUAUUAAGUGUUCAUAUCAAAUCCCUUGGAGCAAGUCCAACUACUGCAGGAGUAGUAGGAUCCCUGUAUGGUGUUUUACAGCUCUUUUCCAGCACAGUAGUGGGCUGCUGGAGUGAUGUAGUAGGAAGACAGUAUUCGCUACUUGUGUGUAUUCUGCUCAGUGCUCUAGGUUAUCUACUCCUGGGCAUAUCCACUAGCCUAUUCUUAGUUGCCAUCGCUAGAAUCCCCGUUGGUAUAUUCAAGCACACGCUUUCAAUCUCAAGAGCUCUUCUUUCAGAUCUGGUUUUAGAGAGAGAGCGCCCGCUGGUAAUAGGGAAAUUUAAUACAGCAUCAAAUGUGGGUUUUAUCUUGGGUCCUAUGGUCGGUGGAUAUCUUACUGAGUUAGAAGGCGGAUUUUAUAUAACAUCCUUCAUCUGUUUCUCUAUCUUCAUGCUGAAUGCUGGUCUUGUCUGGAUAUUUCCAUGGAAUGACACAAACCUGAGCAGGAUGAAGAAUAGCCAACAGACUAGCCACAAAUUUCCUUCAGACCUUCUGAAAAAGACAAAAAACAAGUUGCAAGAGACUCCAGCAGCCAAUGGUGCCAUCACACCUCGAGCAGUGACUUGGCAGCUCUGGAUUCAGAUCAUGUCUGUGCUGAGAGAUAUCAAGAACGUGAUAUUCUCUGAAAUGUGGGACAUCUUUUCCGUGCGCUUCCUGAUGGCCCUGGCUGUCAUGCUGUACCAUAGUAACUUUGUUUUGGCAAUAGAGGAGCGCUUCGGGAUGAAACCCAGGCUGACCGGAUACAUUAUCAGCUACAGCAGCGCCCUGGGAGUGUUUGCAGGCUUUGUGCUGGGACCAAUAAUGAGACUUUAUAAGCACAACACCUACACCAUUCUGUUGCACUCUAGUCUCCUCACCUGUGUCCUGUUGCUGCUUUACUCCACCACGCUCAGCAUCUGGGUGGUCAUCUUCUGCUCCACUCUCCUGUCCUUCUCCACUGCUAUUGGCAGGAUCUGCAUCACAGACCUUCAGCUGACUGUGGGUGGGGCUCAGGCUAGUGGGACUCUCAUAGGCCUUGGUCAGUCCGUGACGGCUGUGGGCCGCAUCAUCGCCCCUCUCCUCUCAGGAGUUGUCCAAGAAUUCAGUCCCUGUGGUCCCCCUAGCCUGGGCUCUGCUUUAGCGUUAGUGGCUAUCUUCAUCAUGGUGUUAAACAAACCUUGUUACAGUAGUGAUCAAAGUGCCAAGCUCAAAAGCCUAUAAGAUAACUUCCAUCGAAAGAGAAUGACAUGCCAAAUGAGCCAGGGGCAAAGGAAAUGAUGUUUGAGAGUACCCUGGAAGUAUAUCUUAGGAGCAAAAUAUGCCUUUCAAGAAAAAUUCCUGCCACAGGAUUCCCUUGAGACAUGACUAAGAGGGUAGAAGGUCAGCCAAGAUGAGUCUUCCCUGAAAUUCUGUAUUCUUGUGUUGCUGCAUUACUUGGUGUUGGGGUCAGGGAAAGGGGGAUCUUCAGGUAUGUCUGAAGCAUUACUAUUGGGUUCCUGAUGAAGCUCCUGGGUUUCUGCAGACAUCGCAGCCCCCAAAACAGAUGACAGAAUGUUGAUAGUCCCAGUUCAGGGAAAACGUUCACCAGGAGAAUGUGUCCCUAGGAGUUCCAUCUGCUGCUUGUCCAACUACCAUUUUUAAAGAAAAUGAGAUCCUGGCUGUUGAACUUUGGAGGGGCUCGUAGAAUACAUACAAGCAGACUUUUUGAAUGGAUUGCCAAAGCAAGAUUCUUGGGAGAAUGGAAGUAGCUACAAGGACUUGCCCACUAAAUGAAAAUAAAA